AUGUCUGAGGGAAGAGGCAGUGCAUCUAUGAACAUGGUGACUGUGAUGAUUUCACUACUACUCCUUUUGUUUCUGUCUGAAAAUUCUGAAGCAGCAACUUACACCGUUGGAGGACCUGGAAGAUGGACCUACAACACAGAUACUUGGCCUAAUGGAAAAACGUUUAGAGCCGGUGAUGUGCUCGUUUUCAACUACGAUUCAACGAUACACAAUGUUGUUGCUGUGGACAAAGGUGGAUAUGGAAGCUGCAAGGCACCAGGAGGUGCUAAAGUGUUCAGUUCAGGGAGUGAUCAGAUUAAGCUAGCAAGAGGGCCAAACUACUUCAUAUGUGGCAUUCCUGGUCACUGCCAAUCUGGGAUGAAGGUUUUCAUCAAUGCAGUUUAG